GAGAAGAUACUUGCGGAGGUGAAGGGGUUAGUAGGCCUAAAGGAAGUAAAAGAACAGUUCGCCAAAAUUGAGAGCUGCAUUCGCAUUUGCUCCCUUCAGGGCACAAAUCCCAGAACAGAGCGGUGGCAUGCUGUUUUUCAGGGAAAUCCAGGAACUGGGAAAACUACCGUUGCUCGACUAUAUGCGAAGUUUCUACGUUCAAUGCAUAUCGUAAAAUCCCGAACAUAUAAAGAGACCUCUGGAGCACAACUCGUGUGCAUGGGACCAAAAGAAGUCAAAGAAUUAUUUAACUCUUCUAGCUCUAAUCCGCUUCAAAACGGAGGCGUUCUCUUUGUGGAUGAAGCAUACCAACUCACUGCCCCUCAUGUACCAAAUUCUGGACGCCAAGUUCUCGACAUCAUCCUUACAGAGAUCGAGAACAAUAUUGGCAAUCUAGUGGUCAUAUUUGCCGGAUAUAAGGAGGAGCUGGAAUCAUUCUUCGGACACAAUCCGGGACUACGAAGUCGAAUUCCCCAUACUCUCCACUUCGAAGAUUUCAACGACCAAGAACUGUUACAUAUUCUUGCCGACCGAAUUCGAAAGAAAUACAAUGGAAAGAUGAAGGCUGAAGAUGGAUUACAUGGAAAAUACAUGCGGAUAGCUAUUCGUCGAUUAGCCCGCAGCCGAGGGAAGAAGGGAUUCGGCAACGCCCGCGCUGUAGAAAACGUCCAACUCAAAAUAUGGGAGCGUCAAGCAAAGCGUCUUACGAAUUAUGAGAACUUGAAAGACAGUAAUCAUAUUUUUACGUUUAUAAAGGAAGAUAUACUGGGGCCAAAUCCUGCUGAUGUCAGAUUGACCAGCUUGGCUUGGGCCAAAUUUCAACGGCUUACUGGGCUGGAAGAAGUCAAAAAGUCGAUUAACAACAUGUUCGAGGCACUUGAGAUGAACUACCGACGGGAAAUGGCCGAACAAGCACCCCUGAGCUUUUCGCUGAACAGAAUCUUCGUCGGCUCACCAGGGACAGGCAAAACAACCGUUGCAAAGUUAUACGGUCAGAUAUUAGUUGACUUGGGUUUGCUCAGUAAUGGCGAGGUGAUUACGAAGAAUCCAGCGGACUUUAUUGGAGAGGCAGUGGGGAAAUCGGAAGCAAACACCAAAUCGAUCCUGGCGUCAACAGUCGGCAAAGUCCUUAUCAUUGACGAGGCUUAUAUGCUAGACCCUGGAGAAGCAUCUAAACGCAACGAUACAUACAGAGCCUCUGUGCUUGAUACACUUGUUGCUGAAGUGCAAAGCGUGCCUGGAGAAGAUCGUUGCGUAAUUCUCCUUGGGUAUGAAGAUAGACUCAAGGAGAUGUUUCGCAACGCCAACCCAGGACUCUCGGGAAGAUUUGCGGCAGACAAACCCUUUCGUUUCGAAGAUUUUAAUAAAGCCCAACUUCAGGAAAUCUUAAACAGGAAAUUAGUAGCCCGAAACUUGAAUGCGACCCACGAGGGUUUGAAGGUCGCGAUAGAGGUCUUGGACCGAGCUCGAAUGCGCCAAGGCUUUAGCAAUGGAAGAGAGGUUGACAAUCUACUGUCUUCAGCAAUGGAGAAUCAUCUGCAACGGCAGUCGACGCCAAAAGGAUCUAAUUAUGGUCAUGAUAUGACUCUAAGCCCAGAAGAUUUUGACCCAAACCACGGACGAGCAAAACAUGCGGCGGCUAAUUGCAGGAUGUUUCUCCAAAAUCAAGUUUCAAAUAACAUCAUCAAUCAAUUAGAGGAAUACCAGCGAUUGCUUCACAUUACUAAAUUGAGAGAGCUUAGCGCUGCUUCACUUGUGCCUACAUCAUUCCUUUUUAAGGGGCCAGCAGGUACUGGAAAGACAACAGUUGCUCAAUAUAUGAGUACACUAUUAUACGACUUGGGGCUCGUCGCCACAAAGACCUUUGUUGAGUGCUCGGCGUCAGAUUUCAUUGGCGAGCACGUGGGCCAGACAGCUCCUAAGACCCGAGCACAGUUUGAGAAAGGCCUUGGGGGAGUCCUAUUUGUCGAUCACGCCCAUCAACUUAACCAAGGCGGAUAUGGCACCGAAGCGAUCAAUGAGUUCGUACGCCUUUUGCAGAAGCACAGUGGCAAGAUUGUUGUUAUCCUAGCUGGCCCAUCUGACGAGAUUGAAUCACUCAUGGCAAAAGCACAUGGGCUUGAUAUCUCUUUUUUCAAGGAAAUAACAUUUCAAAGGCUCACCGCUCAAGAAUGCAUGGUCUUGCUCAGGAGAAUACUAAGCCAAAACAGAAUUAGCGAUUGCUUCUCCAACAGUCAAGCUGUCCAACAGAUUUUCAUAAACCAGUUCGAAAUACUUUCCAAUCUGAGUCAUUGGAGGAACGCCAGUGAUGUGAAAUCGUUGUCGCAGUGGAUGAUG